AUGAAAAAUGUUCCACUGGCCAUGGCUGCGAGCCUGCAAAGUCCGCCCACGUGUCUCGCCGUGUUGACUUUGACUAGUGCACGCGCGUCUUGCGAUUUGCUACUGCAAGCACCGGGCGAAAUGGCGUCGCAGCCGCCGGGAACCGACGACUCCGUUGCCGACCUUGGCCUCCGGAGGCUGGAGGCCGCCGAUGAGGCCGUAAGGAGGUGGGCAUCUCGGGGCGCGGCCGUCGAGGACAGCCACGGCGUCUCCUACUCGGCUGGUCUUGUGGCGGCGGUCAAGGACCUCAUCUCCCUCCGCUCAGGUGGUGGCCUGUACGGCCGACGCGCCGAAAUCGCCUUACAGGCUGCCAUGGUACACCUUGAGGACGACUUCCGCCAAGUUCUUACUUCGGGCACAUAUUUACACGCCCCUAGCAGUCUCCAAGAAUCACUGCACAACUGCAUUGCCCCCUUUAUGCGAUCCUUCUCAUUUUCGUCAAUCCCCAACUUGGAAGAUCUCAGCAUCUCCUCAUUUUCCACAAGUCCUAGUGGUGAGAGCCGAAGUUAUGGUACUGGAUAUAGCAGAGGUCCUGUGUGCAUGGAGAAAGUACACAUGUAUCUGAUUGACCCUGAAGCUUCAAUCUAUCUAAAGGAGAUUGCUGAGCUUAUGAUACUUGCUGGCCAUGCACCAAACAUGUGUCGUGAUUACGGAGAAACACGCCACCACAUGUUAAUGCAAUUCCUUUCUUUGCUCAGUGUUCAAAUUGAGCAAAAAAGCUACAACAGCCCAGCAGCAGCAACUGCUAACGGUGCAUGCAGCAUGCAGCUUUAUGAGAAGAAUCAGAAAAUGUGGAUCCAAGCACUCAAAGUCUUUGUCAGCACAGUCCUCCCUGAAGAACGCGACUCUUGCGCUCAGAUUUUCGGAUGUGAUAGUAAGGUGGAGGAGGAUUGUUUUGCCAGAGCCACCACGCGGUGUACUGGACAAUUGCUCGCAGUUGGAAGUAUGAUGACAAAUGUCAAAGUGUAUGACCAGCAACAUCAUAAAGUACCCCUACUUCUACAGAUGCAUGAGGAAUUGAUAAAGCUUCAACGAAGUAUAAAUGUCCUCUUGUCUGGUGAUGCCAAGGGCGUGAUUAGUGAGCAGGCCAGUAUGCUUCUCGAUAAGCUUGGGGAAGAAGCAUCAAGUCUCCUUAUGGAGUUCCUGAAUGUAUGUUCUAACCCUAAACCAUGCCAAAAUAUAGUACUUGAUGGAGAUAUCCGGCCAUUGACACGACAUGUCAUGGGUUUUGUCGAACAACUUGCUGAGUGCAGUGACACGGUCAAUCUUAUCUUACUACCCAUUGUGGAGGAGGAGGAGGAGGAGGAGGGCGCAGAGAUAACUAAGAGUCCCUGGGAACGCUAUGUGCGCAUUCUGCUCGCACGUUUGCAGCUGAAGUUUGAGGAGAACGCUAAAUCUUACAAGGACGAGCGCCUGAGGUACAUUUUCCUGAUGAAUAAUGCAAUGCAUGUGCUUAAAGGCUUAGGGUCUUCCGAUCUGAGUAUGUCCAUGGGGAACGACAACCACCAACAGCUUGUCGUACGGGUGGAACAGUAUGGGACAGCUUACCUUCGAGCAUCAUGGACUGGAGCUCUGUCUCAGUUGAGUGAUCAUGCUGUGAGUGAUUAUGAUGUGCUUUUCAGGCCAGGAUUUCUCUCUCAUUGUAUGAGAAAAAGCAUAAAGAAUUUCAAUUCGGCAUUCGGAGAAAUAACCAGGGUCCAAACAACAUGGAAAGUGCCCGACCCUCAACUUAGACAACACUUACGGUUAAUUAUAUUGCAGCAAGUUCUUACCGCUUAUCGCACAUAUUUAGAAAGGUCCGGCUGCUAUCUGGGGAAUAAUGAAAGCGAGUAUGUAAAGUAUACUCCUGACGAGAUAGAGAAUGAUGUUUUAGACUUGUUUGAAGGUUAA